AUGGUGUCAUCCCCUCAGAUAGACCGGGAUGCCGCGGUCUCCGUCUCGAGCCUCUUGCCUUCAGCCGUCAUCGACCGCAUAUCGACUACUAUGACUAUGCCGUCGACGUUCACCGCAGUACCCGUGCUCGAUUACGCCCAGUCCCAAUCGCCCGAGGGGCGCGCAGCGUUCCUCGCAGACCUCCGACAUGCGCUCGUAAACGUCGGCUUCCUCUACCUAUCCAACCCGCCGGUCGCACACGAAGACUUCGAUAAGCUAAUCGAAUAUAUCCCGAAACUCUUCGCGCUUCCUCAAGAGAAGAAAGACUCGCUCCGCAUGGCGAACAGCGCGCACUUCCUCGGCUACUCGCGGCUCGGAGUGGAGCGAACGAAAGGCGCGGCGGAUCAGCGCGAGCAGUGGGACUUUGGCACGCCCGUCGAGUCGCAGUGGAAGGAGGGUGAUCCGGAGUAUUUGCGGCUGUGGGGGCCUGCGCAGUGGCCCGAGGAGGAAGACUUGCCGGGGUUCAAGGAUGUGGUGAAUCGGUAUUUGGUUGCUGUGUCUGAGCUCAGUUAUACCUUCAUUGGGCUUGUGGCUGAGGCGCUGGGUCUGCCUCCUGAUGGCUUUGCGCGGUUCUUCCCAGAGCGUGAGAACACGAUGCACAGAGCGAAGAUCGUGAAGUACCCAAACCGCGACGAGGUUCCUUCAGAUCAGGGCGUCGGGCCGCACUUCGACGGAGGAUUCCUCACGUUCCUUCUGCAAGUGACGAACCACAGCGGCUUGCAGGUUCAGAACCCGCAAGGCGCAUGGAUAGACGUUCCUCCGGUACCGUACACGUUCGUGGUCAAUAUCGGUAAAGCUCUGGAAACGGCGACGCGAGGACUCGCGCGAGCCACAUCCCACCGCGUGCUCACCCCCGCACCUGGAACGGGCCCGCGAUACUCCGUGCCAUUCUUUCAGAACAUCGCGCAGAACCUACGAUUGGCGGACUCCAUACUCGAGUUCCCGCCUGAAGUGCUCAAACUGAAGGAGCAGCGAGGCGACUUUGGUCCUAUAGAUUCGGUGAACUAUACAGAGUUCGAUAAGUUACCCACCGGGCUCGUUGCAUUGAUCGGCAGAGUAAAGAGCCAUCCAGACGUAGCCCAGCGUCACUAUCCAGACAUGUUCAAACAAUUCUUCCCGCAGGGUCUGCCUGCGCACGGAGAAGCGUAUUAG